UGUGCUGAAGUUUGGUUAACGAUGCAAGAGUACGUAAGAAGACGAAGUUAAGUAGCUAACGCUGUCUAAUGGGGCGUACUGCCGAUUUUAGAUACGUUGAUAAAUGGUGUUUGGCAUAUUCUACUAUUACAACAACGUGAAUGUGGCGUUAGUUACUGAGAUUCAUCCUGACUGGCGCCGUUGCAGCUCAGUUUGUUUUUGUUAAAGCGGUUGGAUGCCAACCAGGCAACCAGUGGUUGGAUAUUAUUGGGGGGCAAAUCCAAAGCGACUUUAGAUGGUCCGUUCAGAGACCCUUUACUGCGAUAAACCCUGAUAGUGUGACUUCAGUCCGGAUGGAGGCUUCUUUGGGAUCUCUGCAGAAUCCUGAUCUCAGCUCUGUCCUGUCAUCAUGUGAGCCAGAGCUUCAGGAGCUGAUGAGACAGAUUGACAUAAUGAUCAGUCAUCAGAAGAGGGAGUGGGAGGCUGAGAUUCAGGCCAUGGAGCUCAGGCUGAAUAGCAGAGAAGAGGAGCUGUCAACCUCCAGGAAUCUAAUUGAACGCAGAGACCUGGAGAUUGGAUUGCUCCGUAAACAGCUGGACGAGGUUCGUGUUGGUCGACAAGACUUAGCUAACAAGUACGAGCAGCAACUGCAGAAAGUCAGAGAAGAGUUGGAUAAGUUAAAGAGAAGUUACCAAAAACUUCAACGAAAACAACUCAAGGAGACAAACGGGGCAUCAAAAACUAAAGAUUCAGAGGUGAACCGGCUCAAUGAAAAGAUAGAGGAGUAUCGCCAGCGCUCUGUGGAGUUGGAGCAGCAGCUCAUCCAGGACCAGAAACAGGUCAGAGUUCUGGAGGUCAAAAAUAAGAGCCUGACUGAUGAGCUCACACAUCUUAAGUCCCAGCGUUCAUUGCUGGAAACAGAGAGGGAGCACAGGGAGUGCUGCUUACAGGUGCAGCAUCUGCGUUCUCAGCUGGAUAAGGCUCAGGACAGCCUGCACUCACAGGAGCUUGAACUGGAACACCUACGUCCCCUCGAAACGCGACUGGGAGAAUACCAGAGGGAGCAGCGGGUUAGAAGCUUGUUGUUUUCAGAGGAGAGGGAGGAGCUCCACGCCACUCUGGACUCCCAGGACUCGUGUAUGAGAAGAACCAGUCAGGAACGCCAAAGACUUUGUGAUGAAAACACCAGUCUGAAUCAAGUGCUGCAAGCUAAAGAUCAUGUCAUCCGCUCUCUGGAGGAUUGUCUGGUCGCUCGAGGUUGUUCUGCAGUGGAAACCCUGCGAAAGGAUCUGGAGAAGACUGCAGCCAAGCUUCACUGCAGCCAAACAAGUGAGGUUCACCUGAAGGCUGAACUGGCAUGUCUCAGAGAGAAAGUAGAGAGGCUGAGCCUGCAGAAGACCAACCAGUCAAAGAUAGAAGAACUGAGAAGCACCAAAGCAGAACAUGAUUCAGCUGUUGCUGAAAUGAAAAAGCUCAGAGAGGAGCUUCAAAGAGCCAAGCAGACCCAUAGCAGCGAGCUGGAGGGCAUGAGGAAGGAAGUGUCCAAGCUGACCUCUGAGCUGCACCAACGGGACAUGGCCAUCAGCACACUGAACAGCUCUUCAUCCAGCAUCAAGCAGCAGCUUCAAGAAGAGGUGGAGCGAGCAGAGCAGACAUCAGCUGAGCUUAAAAUGACUCAAACCCAGUUUGAGACUUUACAGUCUGAGAACCAGCACCUAAAGGGGCAGCUGGAGAGACUGGAGUCUCAAUCACCAAAGAGGGGAGAUUCCGCCCUUACAUCCCUGAGGGAGAGCUACGUUUCCUCUCUGAGCAGCCUGGAGCAAGAGAAUCGUCAGCUGAGGCAGGCGCUAGCUGACCUGCAUGCCCGACAUGAGGCCCCCAACUGGAAUGAACAAGCCCAGCUCAGCCGUGCCAUCACUUCCCAACCACAGCCCACUCAGGACAGCAAUGAAGAGAAUGCGACUCGAUCCGAAGUGGAGAUAAAGAGACUCUUCAAACAGCUAAACACCAUGUCCCCUUCUCCCAGAGAUCAACACUGUAGUCAGGAUCGAGACAGCAGGCCUCAUUCAUCAGCAUCCUCCUCUUCUUCAUCCUCCUCCAACAGCAGAAACCAAAGACUCUUCAGGAGAAACUUGGUGCCCACUCCAAAUGAUUCUGCUGCUGAAGGGCAAAGCUGCAGCUCUGAGGACUCUCUAAACUCAGCAUCCAGAGAAAAAGCAUCGCCUCCCAUGGAUCUGAUGUCAGUGUCCCCAGCAGACGGCAUGGUGUCUCGCUUCAUGGAAGAAGAGAACAUUCGAUGCAAUGAGCUGAUCCAAAGAUUGGACUCUCACAUCCAGAAUAUGACAGAGAACAACAUGAAGACAGUGUCAAAGUACCAACCAGCUGACUCAGAGCCUGAGGCUGCACAGACUUCAGUACAGACGGUUAUGACAGAUGUGCAGGGAGGACAGACACCUUUUUGGCUCACAGUUACAUUCCUGUCUCUGGAUGCCAAUGCAGUGAUGUACUCCAGGCAACAAGAAAAAUUGGAAUUUGCUGGGAGAAAAUAUGCAGAAGAUCUCUUCUUGACGUCCGAAUUCCAGUGAGAGACCCGGGUGGAAUUCAGAGAGCAAAAGUCAUUUAUGUGAGGUCAAACAAAUAUGACAAAAUGCAGAGCAGAAGACACACAAAUUGGUGCAAGAGACAGCGUAAAGGACCUGGAUCAUGCAUUUAUUACUCCCCAUUCCUCAUCUGACCAGAGACCUCAAAUUCAAAAUGAGCUGAUUUUUUUCAUGAA